CUUGUUCAAAACUAAAAAAUUAUAUGCGUAUCGAAAAGUACAAUCUGUUAAAAUCAUCAUAAAAAAAAGAAGUGACUACCAUAUCGAGAAUGCCACUGCCAUUGUUUAAAUUACUGCUACUGUUGCUGAUGCUGCUGUUCAAGUGCAUCAAAGCCGAGUCGCCACAAUGUUUUCAUUUCACCUGGAUUGGACCCUACGAGAACAAAACGAAUAUUGAAAAUGAAAGCUGCGAUUCCAGAGUCGGUGAUUUCAACGAGAUACCCUGUGAAAUGCCUCUGGUAGUCACCGCAAAUGACACUGUGCCGGAUGUGAAGGCACUGUGGAAGAACGAGACAUUGAAUCGUGAAAAUUAUCUGUGCCACAUGUCGCCCGGUCUUUCCUGCGUCAAGUACUCCUACAUAUUCAAGGGCGGCAUACAAAACGUGACAUAUAUGUGUGCCAAGGUGAAUAGCAGCAAUGGCUGCUACCUACAAACGCACUCGACGGGCAUGCAGGUGGAAGCCUGCGUUUGCACCUCCAAACUGGGCCUGAUGCCCUGCAAUGGCGGCUUGACUACGCAGUCUCAACAAGUUUUGGGCUUGGCCAUAGCCUUGCUCAGCGUUAUUAUGAUUGUUAAAUAAACAUUAAAAAAA